CUCAUUAUCGGCGAGAAGGGGCGAGGCUUGCCGCGCCCGGGGGUCGGCUCGGCCCAGCACAGCUCCCUCAUGCCGCCCACAGUGGCCGUCGUGGGGGGCGGCAUCAGCGGCCUGGCCGCCUGCUACCACUUGGCCCGCGGCGCCCGCCCGCCCAAGGUGCUGCUGCUAGAGGCCGGCGCCCGCCUAGGGGGGUGGCUGCAAAGCACCCGCACCGCCGACGGGGCCGUGUUCGAGCACGGGCCCCGGGGCAUCCGCCCCGGGGGCGUGGUGGGCACCGACACCCUGCACAUGGUCUCUGAGCUCGGCCUGGAGGGUGACGUCCUGCCUGUCCCUGGAGACCACCCGGCUUCUAGGAACCGAUUCCUCUACACCGGCGGAGCCCUGCACAAACUGCCCUCAGGCCUGCAGGGCCUGCUGUGGCCAGUGCCCCCCUUCUCGCGGGCACUACUCUGGAGCGGGGUGCGGGACCUGCUGGCACCAGCCGGGACGGAGCCUGAUGAGAGCGUGUACGCCUUUGUUCAUCGCCGCUUCGGCCAGGAGGUGGCCGACAUUGCUGUGGACAGCCUGUGCCGGGGUGUGUUUGCUGGGGACUGCCGAGCACUGAGCAUCCGCUCCUGUUUCCCCACGCUUUUCAAGGCCGAGCGGCACCGGCGAUCUGUCCUGCUGGGGCUGGCGCUGGGCUCCAGGAAGGAGCGUGGGGCUGAGUCAAGGCUGAGCCAGCGGGCGCGGGCCGAGCACUGGAGCCAGUGGUCACUGCGGGGUGGGAUGGAGAGCCUGGCCGAGGCGCUGGCGGCCUUCCUGCGCCCACGUGGGGUUGAGCUGCACUGCCAUGCACCCCUGCGCCGCCUGCGCUGGCACCCCAGUGGCCACUGGCAGCUCAUCCUGGCAGACAGCACCGUGACAGCUGACCAUGUAGUCAGUGCCCUCCCGGCCGCAGCCCUGGCAGAGGUGCUGCCAGCCGAGGCUGAGCCACUGGCACAGGAGCUGCGGCGCAUCCCAGCUGUGUCUGUGGCUGUGGUGAACCUGCAGUACGAGGGCAUCACAUUGCCUGUCACGGGCUUUGGGCACUUGGUGCCCUCCUCCGAGGAUGCCUCCCUUCUGGGUAUCGUCUACGACUCAGUGGCCUUCCCCCAGCACAACGGCACAGGAGCCACCUCGGUGCGGCUGACGGUGAUGCUGGGAGGUGCCUGGUUCAGACAGAGCUUUGGGGAUCCGGCGGCGGUGGCGCCAGCGCUGCUGCUGCAGCGGGCACAGGCAGCAGUGCGGGAGCAGCUGGGCCUGGAGCCAGCCCCGACCCGCUCCAUUGUUAAGGUGCACCAGGCCUGCAUUCCCCAGUACACACUGGGCCACUGGCAGCGCAUAGGUAAGAGGAAGCUGGGGCACAGGGGGUCCUCCCCUGGACCCCACAGAGGCACCCACCACCCAUCCCCAUCCCUGCAGAGCGCAUCGGCCGCUUCCUGGCAGAGCAGCAGCUGCCCCUCAGCCUCAUUGGGGCCUCCUACACUGGCGUCUCGGUCAACGACUGCAUUGCCAGUGCCAAAGCAGCUGUUGGGCGUCUGCUGGGGCAGCUGCACUGAGCCCCAGCAUCCCUGGGUCCCCUCUGGCGCCAGGCAGUCCCAUGGCCAUAGGACAAAGUGGUUUCUUUUUUAUUGAAAAACCCUUAUAAAGGUCCAGGGAGCAGCUCAUAAAUAGAAUAAAUAACCGUGUGCUGGCA